CAGCAGAAACCCGCCUUUUCCGGCCCCUUGUGGGAGCCGCUUGUUCCUCAAUAUGGGGACGAUACAUUUGUUUCGCAAAUCACAGAGAUCUCUCCUUGGCAAGUUAACACAGGAAUUUAGAUUAGUAGCAGCUGAUCGAAGGACCUGGAAAAUCUUGCUGUUUGGGGCAAUAAAUGUAGUAUGUACUGGCUUCCUGCUUAUGUGGUGCAGUUCUACAAACAGUAUAGCUUUAACUGCAUACACCUACCUGACAAUUUUUGAUCUUUUCAGCUUAAUAACAUGCUUAGUAAGUUAUUGGGUAAUGAUGAAGAAGCCCAGUACAACAUAUUCAUUUGGGUUUGAGAGAUUCGAAGUGCUAGCAGUAUUUGCUUCUACAGUUCUGGCACAGCUUGGAGCUCUUUUUAUACUAAAAGAAAGUGCUGAACGAUUUCUGGAGCAACCAGAGAUUCACACGGGUCGAUUGUUGGUUGGUACCUUUGUGGCACUCUCUUUCAACCUGUUUACAAUGCUUUCUAUUAGGAAUAAGCCCUUUGUUUAUGUCUCUGAAGCUGCAAGUACAAGCUGGCUUCAGGAACAUGUUGCAGAUCUCAGUAGGAGUUUAUGUGGUAUCAUUCCUGGAUUGAGCAGCAUCUUCCUUCCACGAAUGAAUCCAUUCGUCUUAAUUGACCUUGCAGGGGCUCUAGCUCUUUGUAUUACAUACAUGCUAAUUGAAAUUAAUAAUUAUUUUGCUGUUGACACUGCAUCUGCAGUAGCCAUUGCUUUGAUGACAUUUGGUACCAUGUACCCUAUGAGCGUCUACAGUGGAAAGGUAUUACUUCAGACAACACCACCUCAUGUGAUUGGACAGCUAGAUAAGCUUUUAAGAGAGGUAAGUUAA